ACACCAAAACCUUUAACCUAUCCAUUCUCUUCUUAGCCAAACACCAAUCAUGACAUCAAUACUACACUCUUUGAUCUUAUUUUGCUUGAUCACUUUGUCAUUAUCAUUGAACAUGUCAAGUGGACGUAGUAACAAGGAGGUUAUGACGAUGUACGAGAAAUGGUUAGUAAAACACCAAAAAGUGUAUAACAAAUUAGGAGAGAAAGAUCGAAGAUUUCAAAUAUUUAAGGAUAAUUUAAAAUUCAUCGAUGAACACAAUGCUCAAAAUCACAGUUAUAUAGUUGGGUUAAACGAGUUUGCAGAUAUAACUAAUAAAGAAUAUCGUGACAAGUAUUUGAGCACGAGGAGUAGUAAUGAUAUUAAACAUAAGAUUACCGGUGAACGAUAUGCUUAUAAGGCAGGUGAUAGUGGUAAUGAUAUAUUGCCUGCGUCUGUUGAUUGGAGAUGGGCUUUUGGUCCUAUCAAAUAUCAAGGAACUUGUGGAGCGUGUUGGGCUUUUUCCGCAGUAGCGACAGUGGAAGCUAUUAACAAGAUAGUGACGGGGAAUUUUGUGAAUUUGUCUGUACAAGAGCUUGUGGACUGUGAUAGAACAGACUUCAAUAGAGGGUGCCGUGGUGGUUUAAUGGAUCAUGCCUACAAAUUCAUCAUUGAUAAUGGUGGCCUUGACUCAGAGGAAGAUUAUCCAUACCAGGAACGUGAGGGCACAUGUGAUCAAGGAAAAAAAAAUACCAAGAUAGUGAGCAUCAAUUAUUUUGAGUAUGUUCCAAGAAAUGAUGAAAAUGCAUUGAUGAAAGCUGUGGCGAAUCAACCUGUCACAGUUGCUAUUGACGCCUCUGGAAGGGCUUUUCAACUCUAUCAAUCGGGUGUAUUUACUGGUAGCUGUGACACAAUGUUGAAUCAUGGUGUGGUGGUUGUUGGAUAUGGUUCUCAAAAUGGUGUGGAUUUUUGGGGUGUGAGGAACUCAUGGAGCACUAACUGGGGUGAACGUGGUUACUUCAAGUUAGAGCGUAAUCUGAAAAAUACAAAUACAGGAAAGUGUGGAAUCGCAAUGGACCCUACAUACCCAAUUAAGCUUCGUCAAAACUCUGCAGUUACUAAUUCUGGUUAUGAAAAAACUCAAAUGCUUGUUACCAGUGCUUGAAACACCAUCAUACCUUGCUUAGUAUGCCUAUUGGAUUAUAAUAUAUAUCUAUAUAUUUUAUUACUCUUGUAAUAAUCAGUUUUUCAAUUUCAGUGUUUAAUCUAUAUGUAUUGAACUCAGAGUGCUAGUUGUAUUUUGGAUUUAUAGAUAAUAAACUUUUACAA